UUUCCCAAAGGUCAAAGGCCAAAGGGGAAGCCUAAAUUCUGUCUCAGCACCGUCGCACAAAUAAAGAGAGAGAGAAACUUAAAGAAGAUGAAAAAUCUUUGCUCAAAGGCCGGUGAUCAAAAGGUCUAAACCUAACUCAGCUGAUUUGGGUUUGGUGGAGAUUUUGUGAAGAAAGAGGUUUAAGUUUGGUGUGAGAGAGCUUUUUGGCCUUUUGGGUUUCUUUUUUUUUGUUGGUUUUUGGUUUUUCUUUGGAGGUGUGGUUGGAAAGCCAAUGCAAAUUGAGGACGCUUUGGAGGGACUGUUGGGUUUUUGUUGAGGUGAACGAGAAAGAGUGAGCUCCAUGUCGUGGGCUGGCCCUGAAGAUGUCUUGCUCUCCACCUCUCUUGCUAGCUAUCUUGACAAAAAACUUCUUGUCCUGUUGCGAGAUGGUCGAAAGCUCAUGGGGCUACUAUGUUCUUUUGAUCAAUUUGCUAAUGUUGUUCUUCAAGAUGCCUGUGAGCGAGUUAUUGUUGGUGACAUUUAUUGUGACCUCCCCUUAGGUCUAUAUGUAAUCCGUGGGGAGAAUGUUGUCUUAAUUGGAGAGCUGGAUUUGGAGAAGGAAGAGCUUCCACCGCAUAUGACCCGGGUGUCAGAAGCAGAGAUAAAAAGGGCUCAGAAAGCAGAAAGGGAUGCUACAGAUCUGAAGGGCUCCAUGAGAAAAAGAAUGGAGUUCCUUGAUUUUGACUGACAGAUCCUGCCAUGUUAUGACAUCAUGUCAUGUCCGCAAAUAUUAGUGCGGCUCUGACCUAAAUAUGAAUGACGUAGGAUAAGCGUACCAGAUUUACACCAUCUCUCAGGAGAGGGCAGAAAAACAGUUGCAACACUUAUGAAGACCUAAUUAGCUGAGGCUGGGAGGGGAAAGUCUGUAUUUUUUAUCUCUUAAGAGGCAAUGAUGAUGAUUUCACUAUACCUCCAUUGCAUGUGGGUUUUGGGCGAAAAUCAUUACUAGUUUGUUUUGUUUUUGAACACAGCUUUUUCUGAAAUCAUUACUAGUUGCUGAUAUGGCACCGCUUUUUUUAUGGCGCCACAUUUUUAAUUAAUAUGUGGGAUGAUUAUUCAGUGUUACUUCAAAUUGUAUUUGCAUGCAGCAGGUUCUUUAUACAACUAAUGUUGCCAUGUUCAAUCUUGGCGUGCUUGAUUUA